AUGCAGGAGUUACGGACCAAGAGACCUUUCAAGAUAUGGGACAGCUGGCGUAACGUGAGGAAAGGACUGGUCGUUAGCAAUUUUGAAGAGUUGAUUGUUCGAGGUAAGGAAAAGCUGGGUGUACCACAAAACGAGAAUGUCUCGCUAGUUUUGGAGUCGGACGGCACGCAAGUCGAGGACGGCGAGUACUUCAAAACACUAGGAAACAACACGAUCCUGCUCUUAUUGCGGCAUGGUGAACGCUGGUGUCCUACUGGCGUCGACAUCAUACGCGCUGCAAUUUCGGCGAUCCCGAAAAUAGUCUGUGAAACGAUCCACGCGCUGGAAUUGCACGAUGAGACGCCAUCGUGGAAAAUCAUGGACAAUAAAGGCCGAGUCACAGUGGUAUUACACUGGGACCAGCGCUCGUCGUCGUCAUCGCAGGUGCAGCAACAGCAAUCAAAGGCAGGUCAGGAUGCCCAGACUUCCAAGUAUUCACCGACUAAGAAAGCUGACCUGAGUGGCGCCCAGCGGCCGUCCUUGGUGAUCCAAACCAGUUUGGACAAACUCAGCUAUGAUGGCAAGACAACGCACUUGCCUGGCGAGAUCGCCCCGACGCGGUACACCAGUCCGCGAAUCACUGUGAUAAAUCAUGACGAUAUGGUACAAAUAACUUUUUACCUCGCUGUAAAUUCAUCUUUAUCCUAGCAGCAGCAGCCGAUGCAGUCGCAUAUACCGGGCCGUCUAGUGAAACAAGGCACGAAUUCAUUCGACAGUACAACCAUCCACAUCCACACACCUGAAUGCUCCAACCACAUUCAUCAGCCGGUCGCGCGAAAUGGCAGUCCCGUGAAUGGUGCCGACGGUGGUGCCAUCGGCGAGUGCGACUUCCACUGCUGCGCUCUUCACGAGGAGGGUCGCAGGAUCGCUGUACACAAAUCGGUGGCAACAUCGCCGAUCCAGGACGCACAGCAUGCGCAAUAUCAACAUCCACAUCAUCCACAUCAACAACAGCAAACGCAAACACAAACACCGUCGCCACAGCCGCCAUCCUCUCUUUCGGAUGGCACCAAGCGACCUGGCCUGAGCAAAGGUCAUGUUCGCUUUCGCGAUACCGCCGACGAGGAAUCAAGCUCACGUCUGGCCGGUGCUGUUACCCAUUUUCACUUACAUCAUAAUCAUCAUCAUCAAGAACAUGACAGUUCCGAGUCCGAAACGGAAAAUACAAUGAUGGAGGAUGAAUUCGUGACUUCGGAAAAAUUUCUACUACUAAUCGAUCAGCUGACGGUCGAUCAGAAGCAUCAUCUUAGCAUCAAGGACAUUGGCAUCAUAUUGGAGCGACUCAGCUCUAAAAUCCUCGACGUCGAGCGGCUGGAUCGCGAAAGCGAGAGCGAGGAGUGCUAUAAUUGGACGAUUAAGGCGCUUAUACGGGGCGAUGUCCUACGGGAGCUCGGUGUGAUCUACAAUGGGAAUUAUUAUGCAAUCUCGGAACAUCCUGGCUACAAAGAAGAGUCAGAAGAAAAUAAUGAGGACAACGAGGAGGAAGAGGAAGACAGACUUUAA